AUGGGGUUGUGCGGGUCCUCCUUGUCUGCGGAUGAAAAGCAGGAAAUCGCACGCACCCGGAAUAUCGAGGAGCAAAAUGCGAAAGAUCAUGCCAGGGACGAAAUGACGAUCAAACUACUCCUUCUGGGUGCUGGGGAGUCGGGGAAAAGUACCAUAUUCAAACAAAUGAAACUGCUAUAUGGCAAAGGGUUUAGUGACGAUGACCGUCGAGAUUGGGUGCCAAAGAUACAGAUGGGCGCGAUUUCAGCCAUGAAGACAGUAUGCUCUGCAGCUGCUAAAUUCGGCCUCGCCGAAAAGAUUAGAUUCAAGGGCGCAUUUGAUAGUAUGAUUGAUGCAAACGAACGUGCACUACUCUCGUUAGAAGUCGCAGAGCAUAUCAAGGCACUCUGGCAAGAGCCUGGUAUUUUGGAGACAUGGGAUCGCAGAAGUGAGUUUCAAGUGAUCGAGAGCAAUGAGCUAUAUUUUCACAAGAUUGAUCUUCUUGCUUCUCCUGGAUAUCUUCCCACGGAUGAAGACAUCCUCGCUUCUCGUGUGCGCACUUGUGGUAUUGUAGAGGAAACUUAUGUGAUCGAGAAUGUGGAAUUCAUAAUCAUUGAUGUUGGGGGCCAACGUAACGAACGUAAAAAGUGGAUUCACUGCUUUGACAACGUUAAUGCUCUCAUCUUUGUUGCGGCUUUGUCAGAAUUUGAUCAGAUGAUGUUCGAGGAUGAGACACAAAAUAGGAUGAUCGAUACUCUGCACCUCUUUGACUCUAUUUGCAAUUCACGAUGGUUCCAGAAGACAGCCAUGAUUCUUUUUCUGAACAAACGUGAUCUUUUUGCCAAAAAGAUUUCCAGAAAGGGUAUCAGAGAUGUAAAUGAUUGGCAAGACUACCAAGGCAAAGCCAACGAUUACGACGAUGGCGUAAGCUACUUUCUUAAUCAGUUUUUGGAAAAAAAUCACCAGAAGAAUAAGGAUAUCUAUACCCACGUCACGUGCGCUACGGACACAGAAAACGUGAAGGUGGUUUUCAAUGCCUCCAAGGACAUAAUCCUCAAAUUCAAUUUGGAAGCAUCCGGAUUUAUGUAA